AUGGAUUUCUUGAGGUGGCUUGCUUUCCCAAUGGGAGUAUUGCUGUGCUGUGCUCUUCAGACAUCUGCUGUUCAACAACCUGCAUCUCACAACUGCACCAGCAAUGGUCAAAGAAUAUCCUUCAGCCACUCCUACAAGAUUGACCUGCCCAUGUCCUCUCAGAUUAAGGUGGAAGCAGAUCCGUUACAGCAUGAAGACAACAGCAGGGUGCAGCUAGAUCCUGGCAAGGCUGUGGAAAACGAAGAGCAGAAUAUAAUCUUUAGGCACAACAUCCAUGUGCAUGCACCCAAAGGGGACUGCGAAACUUUGACCCACAUUAAGGGUCUGUUUGAAAGGAUAGAGAAGCUUGAGAAAGAAGUGGCAGAGCUGAGAGAAGUUUGCAGCCCUCAGAAAUGUUGUGGGGGAAGCCAAGGUAUCUCGCAUUGCAGCGGCCAUGGGACUUUCCUCUAUGAGACUUGCAGCUGUAAGUGUGCCGAGGGCUGGGAGGGCAGUGACUGCUCCCACCCCACCUGCCCCAGCCACUGCAGCGGCCAUGGGCGCUGUGACAGCGGGAAGUGUAUCUGUGAUGAACCUUACUUUGGUGAGGACUGCAGCCACCAGCUCUGUCCUGAGAACUGCAGCGGCAAUGGGAUCUGUGACACAGCCAAAGGGGUCUGCCAGUGCUACGAGGAGUUCAUCGGAGAGGACUGCAGUGAGAAACGAUGUCCCGAGGACUGCAGUGGCAAUGGGUUCUGUGACACAGGAGAGUGCUACUGCCACGAUGGCUUCUUUGGCCUUGACUGUUCCCAGGUGCUUGCUCCUCAGAACCUGCAGCUACUGAACUCCACAGAGAACUCUCUGGCUGUCGGCUGGGAUCCAAUGAUUGAUGUAGAUAAUUACCUCAUUAGCUAUUAUCCAGUGGGGUAUGAGAUGUUGGUGAAACAAGUCCACGUGCCCAAAGAGCAGCUCAGCUAUGAGAUUGUGGGUGUCCACCCUGGCACCACAUACAAUGUCACGCUUCAUCAUGUGAAGAAGGGGAUUGCCAGUGAGCCCAAGUAUCUAGAAGCAAGUACAGUCCUGUCUGCACUCAGUGCCAUCUGGGUGACAGAAGAGAUGGAGCACUCCCUGGAAGUGGAGUGGGAGAACCCACCAACAGAUGUGGAUUAUUACAAGCUGAAGUUCAGAUCCCUGGUGGGGAUGGAUGAGAAGCAGGUCAUGGUGCCCAAAAGCAAUGACCCUAAGAGCAGACACAUCAUGACUGGCCUGAAACCUGGCACAGAGUACGAGGUCACUGUCAUACCCAUGAAAGAUGAUACAGAGGGAGAACCAUCUUCAGUGAGUGGUAGGACUGGAGUUGAUAGUCCAACCAAUGUGGCAACUGACCGAGUGACAGAAGAUACAGCCACUGUCUCAUGGAAUAAAGUUGAGGCUCCCAUAGACAGGUACAUGGUGAGAUACACCUCAGCUGAUGGGGACAUUAAGGAGAUAGAGGUGGGGAUUGAAAAUGACAUCAUCACCUUACUGGAUCUGAAGCCAGGCAUGGAAUAUGUCAUCCACAUCUGGGCAGAGAAGGGACCCCAGAAGAGCAAGAUGGCAAGCAUCAGAGCUGUGACAGAUUGCCAGUCUAGUGUCCAUGUAGUGGCCAGAUGGCUGACAGAAGACAUAGUCACAGUCUCUUGGGGGGUCUGGCCUCUGAUAGACAGGUACUUGGUGAGAUACAACACAACUGAUGGGGACGCAAAGGGCAUGGAGGUGGGGAAGGACAAGAACAUCACUGCUCUGACAGGACUAAAGCCAAGCAAAAAGUAUGCCACCGGUCUCUGGGCAGAAAGGGGAGCCCAGCAGACAUCGAGCUGUGACAGCCCAGCUCACCCUGUGCAGGAGCAGAGGGCUGACUGGCCCUACCAAGGCUCGGCCACCUUGGCACUGACAUGCAAGUUUGUUUACCAAUGUGUCAAGAAUGGCAGGACUUGCAAGCAGUUAGCACCUAGCACCUGCAAGCAGUUUUAUCUACCUUGCCCUGUAUCCAACAAAAUUGACAGCCCAACUGAGCUGUUGACUGACCAGGUGACAGAGGAUGCAAUUACUGUUUCCUGGAACAAGGUCCAGGCUUCAAUAGACAGAUACAGAGUGAGCUACACCUCAGCUAAUGGGGACACAGAGGAGAUGGAAGUGGGAAAGAAUGAGACUACGAUGACUCUGACAGGACUGAAACCUGGCAUUGAAUAUGUCAUCUUCCUCUGGGCAGAGAAAGGAACCCGGCAAAGCAAGAGGCUCAGCACUGAGGCAGUGACAGAGAUUGAUCCUCCCAAGAACCUCCGUGUAUCAGAUGUGACUCAUUCUACUGGUGUGGUUACCUGGACUCCUCCUGCAGCACAGAUUGAUGGCUACACUCUGACCUACCAGGGUCAAGAUGGCACAAGCAAGGAAGUACAGCUUGGUCCUAGUGAACAACGGUUUGUGCUGGAAGGACUGGAACAAGGAGUGAGGUAUACCAUCUUUGUGAUGGCCUAUAAGGGAGAUCGCCAGAGCAGAAAGACAGACAGUACCUUCUCAACAGUUAGCUUCCUCUACCCGUAUCCUGCGGACUGCAGCCAGAUGCAGCAGAACGGAAAUGCCUCCAGCGGCAUGUACACCAUUUACCUGAACGGGGAUGGCAGCAGGCCAAUGCAGGUGUACUGUGACAUGACCACGGAUGGAGGCGGGUGGAUAGUGUUUCAAAGACGGAGCACUGGCGAGGUGGAUUUCUACAAACGCUGGAAAAAUUAUGUGGAAGGCUUUGGAGAUCCCACUGGGGAAUUUUGGCUUGGUCUUGACAAGCUGCACAAUCUCACAAGCAGCAGCCCCAUCCGCUAUGAGCUCCGGGUGGAUUUGCGGACAGCCGGUGAAUCUGUCUAUGCUGUCUAUGACUUCUUCCAGGUUGCCUCGAGCAGGGACAGAUACAGGCUGUCGGUGGGGAAUUACAGAGGCAAUGCUGGGGAUGCAAUGACUUACCACAAUGGCUGGAAGUUCACAACGUGGGACAGAGACAAUGAUGUCGCUCUCAGCAACUGUGCUCUGACACACCAUGGUGCAUGGUGGUACAAGAACUGCCACCUGGCCAACCUCAAUGGGAAAUAUGGGGACAGCAAGCACAGCGAGGGUGUGAACUGGGAGCCAUGGAAAGGCCAUGAAUUCUCCAUCCCUUUUACCGAGAUGAAGAUCCGUCCUCAGUCUCCCAGUAAUGAGCCAAUCCUGGAGAGGAAGAAGAGGUCUCUACCAGGGAAGAGGAAGGAGAUUAGGUUUUAAAUUGAAUGUUGUGCAGUACCCAAAGAUAAUGAUUCAGUAUUUCUUAACAAAGUCAGAUUCAGAUAGCUUUCUCCAAUACAUUGGAGACAAUUGCUGACCAACGUGCACCCGGGGACCUCUGGAUCUGCAGCCCAGCCUGCUUCCAGCCUUUGGAGCUCCUGAUGGGUGAUCUGUCAGAGACUGGGAGGGGGCUUGUGGGGAGCAUCCCAUUUGUAGCUCCCCUGGUUGGCUAAACAUGACAAGGACCUGCUUGAUCCAAUGUGUGCAACUUCUAUGAAUUUUACAUAAACCAAGCUUUAACAC